AGUAAACAUGAUCAAAUUUCACUCGACUCAUCCAAUACAAAUUCAGGAAUUUGGUUUGAGUAAAUCUUUGUCUAUUCUUCCUUGGGUUCUUUUCGGUCACUUAUCUUAAAGACGUGGAAGUGGGGCCAAGCAUUGACUUCUCUCUUCUUUCACCAAGCACCUUGCUUUCAAAAUAGGGAGAGCUGACGGAAACGGAGAUUCUUUCUUAUGUUAUUCUCUGCUUUGGGCGACUCGGUAGCAAUCUGUGGAGAGCAUAGUGAAAGUAAGAGCAGGCCAGCAAGGGUGACUAAGAUGAUCAGGUCGUGAAGAAAAUAAGCAACGUUACCGCAGACGAUUUGCAGGUGCCUGGGUUUAUUGGUCACCACAGCUGCGGCAGAUCAUCUGCUAGGUGAUGCGUGGUGUUAUUCUUCCGGCAACGUCUGUCCAUAACAUAAAUAUGCUCUCAACCUCGUAUACAGAAAGUGCAUCACCAUCUCAUUUCCUCCAAGCACUCUCGGCAAUUUCUCCAGUAAGCAGUGAGCUACAUGGCUUGGAUGGGUUAGGCUGACGAGCGGCUCAAAUCUGACAUAUGAUCGACCAGGACACGAGGUACCAUUGCUGACUGCCGCAUAGCCAUUGGCGCAAGGACAUUUUGAUUACACCAUUGGCGAAGAAGAUCGACGUUCAUGAAGUCACUCAGCCUCAAAAGUGUGGAUUGUGACCAGGGAGACAUAACAUCGAAUACGGGAAAGUGAUUCGAGGUACUGUAUUGGAAACAAGUGCUGACUAUUCUUCGUUGCAGCUUUGAACACUGCCUACGCCGUGUCAAAUGGUCCGCAGAAUCAACACGAAAGGUUUGGUCCGUAUUAAACUAGUUACCCAAGUGUAUAUAAGAAACUCGCCAUGCCCAAUAUUCAAUUGCAAUCCAACUCAGCCAACACUCUCUUUUACACUACUUCAAUACAGUAUCUCAAUUUCCUAUCAACUUCCAAUCUCAAAUAACCAAGUUCCUCGCUACCAUGCACUUCGCCACCAUCCUCAUCACCGCGGUCGCGACCCUCGCAUCUACCGCAACAGCUGCCCCCAAGACUGAAACCUUCGCAACAGCCAGCGUCUACGCCUUCAACCGAGACAAGAACACACACAAGUUCGUCGACGUUCCUUUCGGCAAGCUCACGCACAUUGACUACCAAAUCACCGAUCUUGAGCUCCGCGGCGUUCAGUUCCUUCUCCCCGACGGCGAAAAGGUCGACCCCGACAAGGUGACCUGUCAGAUGUACAAGGACAGCCUUGGCACCCAGCCUGGGAGCGCUGCUUUUACGAAGCAGACGCCUGCUCAUAUCAGUCUAUUCAACCCCGUUCAAUUUGGAUGGGUCUUGUGUUAUGUCAACGUUGGUAGUGCCUAAGAGUCUGGAAGCCUCUGAGAGCAGUCAAGGAUUAUAGCUGGGGAUAUAUACGGAGCUUUGUGUGUUGAUAGUAC